AGCUAUAUUAAUGAAUCAUUAACAGGCCACUUGCCUAGCUCUUAUUACUAGGCAGUUUACCAUGCGUGUCAGGUUACAGGGGGACCAUAGGAAAGGAUCUGAAGCAGGGCAGAGCAGUGGCUGUGUAGAAUGAUUUCGAGGGGGGGGGCAUCCCUGCAUAAGGCACAGUGUGGGGGAAAAGGUAUGAAGGUGCUUCUGAGAGAAAUGGGUGAAAGAAGGUGCCAUUGGUAAAGCCGCCCCUAGUGUUAUGUGAAGAGGAGUGGAACUCCCAGGUAAGGAGGCUGAUUUCUCACGCUGGGGGCUGAUGGUGUUUCUCCAAACAUUGUCUCUUACAGGUUCCCCUCCAUGUCCCCGGUGGCAUCGCAUCGCUGUAGGGGCCGGAUGGGCUGGGAACAUCGUCCUGACAAUAGCUGUGAUAGCCCUGGGGGUGUGGGGGCAGACCAGAGGAACUCUGAAUACGUCGGAGAAUAAUGAAACCAGAAUCGUCAGUAGCACUGAAUGCAGCUCCUGCCUGGAGGAUUUCCGGUCUCGCUUGAAACCAAUUCUAUGUGAACCCCACAAUGGCAGCUUGGCAGAGGGCUCCGGGUGCAAACUCUGCCCCAGGGACUGGCAGCUGCAUGGGGACAAGUGCUACUGGCUGUCUAAAAAGAGUAAAAACUGGACUGGGAGCCGUGACGACUGCUUGUGGAAGAGCGCUCAAAUGCUCGUGAUCCAGAACCGGGAGGAAAUGGAUUCCAUACAGAAUCUUACACAAGGUGCAAAUGAUGUCUGGAUUGGACUUACAGUGACACUUCCAGGGGGGGAAUGGACCUGGGUGGACGGUUCCCGGUUAGAUCCAGUGCUCUUCUCAGGCUCUGCUGCUGGGAACAGCUGUGCGUCUGUAAAAGGCACCCAGAUUCAGUCUGAGACGUGUGCUGCUGAGUUCAAAUGGAUCUGCCAGAAAGAAGCUGCUGUGAUAUAAACAGUCGGGCUGAGGAUCUUUAUUUGUGUAUCUGUAACAUGAAAUACUGGUGUUUAGGCUCACGGGGCUGGAUUGUGGCUUUAGGCGGAGCUCUAAGCCGGGGGCAGAGCAGAACCCCAGGAGGUGCUGGGACUCAGGUACCCCUCGCAGUCACAGUUCCUCCCCUCGGCCCUUCUCACUGGCUUGGGGUGUUGAGUUGUAAUUUAUAACUGUCCUAAACCUGGAAGAAAUUACUAACCUGUGAUGCUUCCCAGUGCGGUGAGCAUCUCGCGACCAGAGGUGAAAGUAAGCCAGUACGGGCCGGUACCUCAUACCGGUAAGAAAGUGGCCACUGGUAUGGGCCGGUACACAGCCGACGUUAAAGUGCUGCCGCGGCAGUGCUUUAAGCACCGUAUCGGCAGGGUUGCUGAUGGUGGGGGCAAA